CGCGCAGUAUUGGCCAUAGCGCCGGGCAGUCGCCAUAGCGCACUACCUCGCCUUCCUCGUUGAGCAGGUCAUGGCUCCGCACCAGCGCCAGCGCGACGUCGUCGAGCCAUCGCCGGUGCCAGCCAUGCGCCCAUCGCCGGCCAAGACGGCGCGCCGCCACCGGACCAAGCAGACCACAGCGGCGCCCUUGAUCGCGACGCCGUCGCUGCUGACCAUUGAGCCGCUCGCGUCCUUGAUGCUACCCUGUCUGCGCCAGCGCGAUGGAGCUGCGUCGCCUGCAUCACAGCCGGUGCCAGUUGCGAGCCCAUCGCCGGCCAAGCGAUCGCGCCGCGCGUUGCAGCCCGAGGCUGCACGGGCUACGGCGACCCCGACGGGAGGCGUCCUUGAAGAGCUCCCACUGGCAUCGACAGCGCUACCACCCCCACAGAAAAAGCUGGGCCGGCCGAGAAAGAUGCGUGUCGAACGACCGCCUGCAACGAACGCGCCGCCGUCGAUCCUCGAGACUCUGUCGUCCAUGGUGCUACCGCCCCCCAAGAAGAAGCUUGGACGACCGCGAAAGAUCCGCGAGAGCCCAGCGCAUGUACCUACCUCGGAUGCACCUGCGAUCGUCCUCCACGAGGCCAGUGAGGAGGAACCAUGCGCCUUACGCCGACGGCGUGAGUCUGCACGCCGGCAACCAGCAAUCGAUCCAUCAAGCUCAGAAGCUGCACCGAGUCGCGUUCUUCGACAACGCCGCAUGUGGCCGAGCACGGAGGUGCGUCUCGCUCCAGAGGUCCUUGCACCGCCUUCGCCGGCCAUUGAAGUCGACACGAGCAUCUUUCCGCUGCAAGCGUUGGUUGCCCGCCUACCCGAGCCCAGCAGCGACAUGGACAGCGACAGCGAGAGCGUCUUUCGACUACCGUUCACGCCCGAAGAGAUUGCCGCCAUCGAGGCCGUGCCAAUACAGUGGUCGCCGCCCAAGUUUGGCCACAUUUCCAAGAACGUCUAUCUAAUCAAGAAGGCCGCGUCCGUCGAAACCCACGCCAACAAGUGCGCGUGCGCAGCUGGCGCGAUCUCCAAGGUCGGAAGCUCGUCCCGGCCGAUCGAAGCGCCUCGGAAAAAGGCCAAGACGGUAUCGCAGUCGCCAGCGUCAACCUAUUGCGGCGACGCGUGCCACAACAAAAUGCUGUAUAUUGAGUGCUGUGACCAGACGUGCUCAGCACCCGACCCCGACUUGUGCGUGAACCGCCCGUUCCAGCACCGCCAUUCCAAAGCGACGCGGGUGCAGUACAUGGCAGAGAAAGGGUUUGGGCUCGUGGCUGACGAAGCCAUGGACGCGCAAGCCUUUAUCCUCGAGUACGUUGGCGAGGUCAUCGACGCCGCGAUGGUCAAGGAGCGCAUGGCGGCGGCGAGCGCCAACCGCGAGACGCACAACUAUAUGCUCGAAAUCGAGAAGGACAUAGUCAUUGACGCGCGUCUGAAAGGCAACGUGAGCCGCUUCAUCAACCAUUCGUGCGAACCCAACGCGCGGGCCCAGAAAUGGACGUGUCAGGGCGUCGUGCGCAUCGGGAUCAUGGCGCUGCGCCCGAUCGCGGUCGACGAAGAGAUCACGUUCGACUACCAAUUUAUCCACUUUGGCGGCCGCAAGGUGCAGUGCCAUUGCGGCGCACCCGGAUGCAAGGGCGUCUUGGGCGGCAACCUCCAGGGCUCCUCUGGGCAGAACCCAUCGACACCCGCGGAUGCCGAGCACGAGGCAGCAAGCCAGAAGCUGCCGCGACCGCAAAAAUCCUCCUCGCUCAGUGUCUUCAAGAACGCGCAGCUGCACCGGGACUGGCUCGCCAAGUACGGGGCGUCCAACCGAUCGUCGCCGCCGCUCUUCCUCGCCCACCGCGUUCCAGAUCUCGUCGACGUCGACUCGCACCAUGCCACGAUACUCGAGCACCGCCGGCCGCUCGAAGCGGCGCGGGUGGCGGCGCCGACGACCUUGGCGCUCGCGCAGCCGCUCACCAAAUCGUACUUGGCCGGUGGCGUCCUCGACUACUCGGACGAGCUGCGCAGUGUGCAAAAGCGAGCCGCCCCGUCUGCUCCGCCGCGUCCGUUGAGCCGCGUCAACCUCUUGGAUGCCCGGUCCAAGCUCUUUGAUGACAUUCGGCGAUUUGUGCGUGGCACGUCGCGCUGGAACAAGCGCCUCAACAUCGCCGCAAGCGACUUGGACGACGCCCGCGUGCGCCGCCUCUUGGAGAACGUGGAAGAUGGCAUGAACCUCACGCGCGGCGACACGGCCGACUUGAACGAAGACGCGUGUCAUCGAUGCGGCCAAACCGGCGAGCUCAUUUGCUGCGAUGGGUGCCCCGCGGCCUUCCACUUGUCAUGCGCCGGCCUUUGCAUCGUGCCACCAAGUACGUGGUUUUGCCCGCCCUGCCGCCGGCAGCACGUGCCCCACGUCUCGAACCGACACCGCGUCCAAGUGGCGCCGUCGAUUUUCCAGCAGCAGCCGACGAAUGCGCCGGCGACGGGCCCACAGAAGCGGUCGCGUCGGAAACGCAAGGCGCCGUAGCAGCAGGAACGACGAGCAUCGACCCGUUGAACAUGAUGGAAAUGGUAUUAGAUGUCGUCCUUGAC